AUGAAUAAACCAUUACGAAAAAGACACCCUUUAAUUAGAAUUGCUAAUAACGCUUUAGUAGAUUUACCAGCUCCAUCAAAUAUUUCAGCUUGAUGAAAUUUUGGAUCAUUACUUGGACUUUGCUUAGUAAUCCAAAUUUUAACAGGAUUAUUCUUAGCAAUACACUAUACUGCUGAUAUUGAAACAGCUUUUAAUAGAGUAAAUCACAUUUAUCGUGAUGUUAAUAAUGGUUGAUUCCUACGAAUUUGUCAUGCUAAUGGAGCUUCUUUUUUUUUCGCUUGUUUAUUUAUUCACGUAGGACGAGGAGUUUAUUAUAAUUCAUACUUAUAUAUUCCAACAUGAAUAAUUGGAGUAAUUAUUUUAUUUAUAGUAAUAGCAACAGGAUUUUUAGGAUAUGUUCUACCUUGAGGGCAAAUAUCAUUCUGAGGAGCCACAGUAAUUACUAAUCUUUUAUCCGCUGUACCUUAUUUAGGUACAGAUUUAGUUCAAUGAAUUUGAGGAGGAUUCGCUGUUGAUAAUGCUACUUUAACUCGAUUCUUUACAUUUCAUUUUAUUCUCCCUUUCAUUGUAUUAGCUUUAACUAUAAUUCAUCUAUUAUUUUUACACCAAACAGGAUCAAAUAAUCCAUUAGGGUUAAAUUCAAAUGUAGAUAAAAUUCCCUUUCAUCCUUAUUUUGUUUACAAGGAUAUUGUUGGAUUUAUCAUUUUUAUAUGAAUUUUAAUUGGAUUUAUUUGAAAAUUCAAUUACUUACUAAUAGACCCAGAAAAUUUUAUUCCAGCUAACCCAUUAGUUACUCCUGUCCAUAUUCAACCAGAAUGAUAUUUUUUAUUUGCUUAUGCAAUUUUACGUUCUAUUCCAAAUAAAUUAGGAGGAGUAAUUGCAUUAGUUUUAUCUAUUGCAAUUUUAAUAAUUCUCCCAUUUACUCAUACUAGUAAAUUCCGAGGAUUACAAUUCUAUCCUUUAAAUCAAAUUUUAUUUUGAAAUAUAGUAAUUGUGGCUUCCCUUUUAACUUGAAUUGGAGCUCGCCCUGUUGAAGAUCCUUAUGUUUUAACAGGACAAAUUCUAACAGUAUUAUAUUUUUCUUAUUUUAUUAUUAAUCCUUUAAUAUCAAAAUAUUGAGAUAAAUUAUUAAAUU